GAUGUCCAAUUAUUAAAACUUGGUAGCAGAAUUAAUUGGAACAUUGGAAGAUUUAAGAGAAAAGAAAGAAGAACUCAAGAGUGAAAUUUAUGAAGAAGAAGAAGAAAGAAGACGUAUUGAAAAAGAAUUAGAAAUACUUUCAGAAAGAUUAGAUCGUGUUAAUGGUAUAUAUAUAUAUAUUUAAUAAUAUUAAUAUAGAAACAAUAAUGAGAACAGCCACAGAAAAAAGAGAAUUAGAAAAGACAAUCUAAGAAACUGAACAUACAAAAAAUAAGAUUGUAGAGAGUCUCAAAACUCUAUUACAUGUUUUAUAAAAAGAAUCAUAAUAUCACAUCAAAGAAUAAUGAUC